AUGGAACUCCCCUCUUUAAUAAACGGAUCUGAAGAGACGGAGAAUACCAAACCUACAGAACCCGAGCAGGGUUCCUCUCUUCGGCAAGAAUCCAUCUCUCAAGAGUUACGAAAACACCUUCACAUCAAAUCCGAGCAGCGACGUCGUAGCAAGAUCAUCGAUGGAUUCCAGAAACUACGCAACAUCAUCCCGCUCGUUAAACCGCAGACAGACUCCAAAGCGCAGGUGCUUAAAAAAGCUACUGAGUACAUCGAGGAGUUGCAGUACCAGAACAAUGCGCUGGCGGCCAAUUGCGAUAUGCUCAAGGAGUACUCCAACCAAUUGCACAACCAGUUGCUACAACUCAACGCCACUCCUGUGAUGCCGAUUCCUCAGCUUCACAGAGUGUAUCCACAAGAAAUGGGCCACACGCCAGCCGCCUCCCAGACACAGAUACAGUAUCCUCCAUAUCCUGGCGUUUUUGCGCCUCCCAUGGGACAUUCGCAUUCCGACGGACGAAUAAUGCCCUAUCCGACAAAUCUUGCACCUCCGCCCCCGGUUGGCUUCACCCACAUACAGUCUCCCUACUCCAGAAGAUCCACCCUUCCAUCACCCACCUUGCACCACAAUCAUCCCUCUGGCCAGGAUUACAUGAUGACCGGCGACGGCACAGCCCCCCUCCCCCCUUUCGCCCAGGGACACUUCCCAAAAAAGUAA